AUGCCAAAACUUAUCCUUGUGCGUCACGGUCAGUCUGAGUGGAACGAGAAGAACCUCUUCACCGGUUGGGUCGAUGUCAAGCUCUCCGCUAAGGGUGAGGAGGAGGCCAAGCGUGCCGGUGUGUUGUUGAAGGAGUCUGGGUUGAAGCCAGACGUCUUGUUCACCUCCAGAUUGACCAGAGCCAUCCACACUGCCAACCUGGCCCUUGAGGAGGCUGGUUUCGCCUACAUCGAUGUCCACCGUUCAUGGAGAUUGAACGAGCGUCACUACGGUGCUUUGCAAGGUAAGGACAAGGCCGAGACCUUGGCCACUUACGGUGAGGAGCAAUUCAAGACAUGGAGACGUUCCUUCGACGUGCCACCUCCAGUGAUUGACCCAAAGUCCGAGUUUGCUCAAACUGACGAUGCUCGUUACAAGGAUGUUGAUCCAAACGUGUUGCCACAAACCGAGUCCUUGAAGCUCGUCAUUGACAGAAUGUUGCCAUACUGGCAAGACACCAUUGCCAAGGAGCUCUUGGAUGGUAAGACCGUCAUCAUUGCUGCUCACGGUAACUCCCUCAGAGCCCUUGUCAAGCACUUGGACAACAUCUCUGAUGCUGACAUUGCCGGCUUGAACAUCCCAACUGGUAUCCCAUUGGUUUACGAGUUGGAUCAGAAGCUCAAGCCAACAAAGCCAUCCUACUACUUGGACCCAGAAGCUGCUGCUGCCGGUGCUGCUGCCGUUGCUGCUCAAGGUAAGAAGUAGAUCUCUUCAAUUCUGCUAAUACAUGAUCAAACUGUUUGACAAAUAGAUAUAUUGUAGUAGUGAGUGGUGUCAUUCGAAUCUCCUGGCUCCGGAGAAUCGUGCUACACUGGAGAUGUACGCAUCACUGGCGAAUCUACCUCUCAAUUGAAGAGUAAUCCGUCUAACAUCAUUGGACCACGAUGGAAAACAUCCAAACACCCAUACUGAGAAAAUACACACAGACGUUGGGGGGACACGGCCU